UUUCGUUUCGCGUACGGCUUUGAUCAGUUACGUAACAAACGAACUGCAACAUAUAUAUUUUGUUAACCAAAUAUUCGUUUCAAAAGUGAAUAAUUUCUUUGCAAAGAUGUCUUUGAAAUUCGUUUUUGUUCUCCUCCUCAUCGUAGGGAUUGCCACAUCCAGACCUAACAACAACAUCGAAGUUCCAGAGAGCGUGGAUUUGGGUACAAAGUGCAAAUUGCCAGCAUACAAAGGUCACUGCAGAGCUCUGAUUCCUCGAUGGAGAUACGAUCCGGAGACGCAGAGCUGUAAGGAGUUCAAGUAUGGUGGUUGCAAUGGCAACGGAAACAAUUUUUUCACCUACGAGAUGUGCAUGGAAACGUGCGAAGGAAUCCAAUAAAAAAAAAGAGACUCUGCUAAACUUGCGGUCUUUCCGCUCGUCUUUAACAUAUUCGGUAUUCUACGUGUCUAGUCCUUAUUGAUAAAUUACAUUUACAUUAGUUUUAACGUUUAUUUAAUGCAAAUAUCAUCAUU